UCUGAGACCAAUUUGUACCCCACCGCACAUCGCCCUGCGUGGCUCUUUGUCAUUUACAUGCGUGCAUACAACCCCCGUCAGAAACCCGGUGUAACAUCAGGUUUCUCCGGUGCAAACAAAGGUAGGGACCCGGUUCGUCUGAUCCCGGGCCUCCACAGUCCCUGACACCGGUUCAGUCCGGUGUCGCGGCUCCGUUAAAUGUACGUUACGGAGGUGGUGAAGCCGCUAAUCGGCCCGUUACCGAGUGAAUUCUGACCCGCACAUUGUCUCUUCAGCCCCGCUGGAGGUAACAUGGCUCUCCAUCCACACACAGACAACAACACUACAACCGGCCAAUCACAUCUCUCUGUCGGUUCUCCGCCGCGGAAACGGACAACCAAUCAGCGGCCUGAGAGCCGCAGCAAUAAAGAGCGGAGCGCCAAUCGGCUGUCUGUCUGGAUCUGCUGGGGAAACAAACAGCCAAUCAGCUUCCUGUCUGCGCUACACGGAGUGACUUGCCUGGCCAAUGAGCGCUCUGUCUGGCUGCACCGAGGGGGUGAGCGUCUGCCGAGGCCCAAUCAGCGGCUCAGUGCUGCCUGCCGGUGCCGGGGACUGGUGGUGAGGAGCCGCUGCAGCGCGUCAGGACCGGACCGUGAACCCCGGAGACGGUACACACUGAGGCGAAAGGAGACACAGGAUGGAGCGGAUGUCUGAGGAGGCGCUGAGGCUCAACCUGCUGAAGCGAGGCCUGGAGUCACCCAGCGAGCGAGAGGAAGCGCUGGCCAAGCGCCUCAAGAUGGAGGGCCACGAGGCCAUGGAGCGCCUCAAGAUGCUGGCAUUACUCAAACGUAAGGACCUAGCUGACCUAGCAGCCCUGGAGGUCGCGGGGCCCCUGGGAGACGGGAAGGGCCCCGGAGCCAGCUCCCUCCACCACCAGAGCCUAAUGGGUGCUGCUUAUGAGGAGAAGAUGAACGGGAGUCUGCGGCUGGGAGGCCACAGCGGCCAUGUUGGACCCAGUAAGAACGGGAAGGAGAACAUCCUGGAUGAGCCGGUGGACAUGAGCGCUGGGAGAAGAUGUGAUUCGGAGCAUGACAGAAGAACUCCGUCUCCGGACGUCAUCAUCCUGUCAGACAACGAGGCGUCCAGUCCCAGAACCACACCUCGCCCUGAGGAGCGCCUGCACCAGGCCAACCUGGACAUGUUCAAGGGGAAGACGGGAGAGGAGAGGCAGCAGAUGAUCAAAGCUCUGAGGGAGGAGCUGCGUCUGGAGGAGGCUCGUCUGGUUCUGCUGAAGAAGCUCAGACAGAGUCAGAUGCAGAAGGAGAACGUGGUGCAGAAGGUCCCGGUGGUCCAGAACGCCGCGUCCUCCGUUCAGCCCCCUCCCAUCCACAGCUCUCCUGGCCUGGGGAAGCUGCCUGUGAGGCCGGGCCUGCACAACCCUGAGCCCCAGAACCUCCGCACCGCACAGGGUCACACAGUCAUCAGGUCAGCAGCUAAUGCUAACCUGCCGCCCAUGCUAAUGUCCCAGCGAGUGAUAGCCCCCAACCCCGCCCAGCUGCAGGGCCAGAGGGUCUCCUCCAAGCCUGGGAUGUCUCGCUCCAGCUCCAGCAGCAUGGCCAACGCCGUCAGCUACCAGCAGGUAUGGACUCAUUCAGAGCCCAGCUACAGCACACCUGAUCACUGCCAUCACAGGUCACAGGUCACCACAGGUCACCACAGGUCACCACACGUCACCACAGGUCACCACAGGUCACCACAGGCCAGCCAGCAGGUGGCAGCGUCCCAGCGCUCAGGCUCCAGCGCCAUGUACAUGAACCUGGCCCACAUGCAAGCAGCGGCGGCGGCGGGGGCCGGCGGGGUAGCCGGCGGCCUGGGCGGGUCUUCGGCCGUCAGCCCGUCCACCAUGUCUGGGUCGGCCAGCGGAGGGGUGAGCUCCAUGGCCGACCAGGCCAGCAGCCAGGCGGCGGCCAAGCUGGCCCUCAGGAAGCAGCUGGAGAAAACCCUGCUGGAGAUCCCUCCCCCGAAACCCCCCGCCCCGCUCCUCCACUUCCUGCCCUCCGCCGCCAACAGCGAGUUCAUCUACAUGGUGGGCCUGGAGGAGGUGGUGCAGAGUGUGCUCGACAGUCAGGGUAAACUCAGAGGGACGCUGGCCCGCAUGGAGCCGUUCUUCUGCGCCCAGUGCAGAACCGACUUCACCCCUCACUGGAAGCAAGAGAAGAGCGGGCGAAUCCUCUGUGAGCAGUGCAUGACGUCCAAUCAGAAGAAGGCUCUGAAGGCGGAGCACACCAACAGGCUGAAGAACGCCUUCGUGAAGGCUCUGCAGCAGGAGCAGGAGAUCGAACAGAGGCUGCAGCAGCAGGCCGCCCUCUCUCCCAGCUCGGUCCCGACCGGCCCCAACGCCUCCAAGACUGACUCCAUGAUCCGACAUCAUGCCCUCCGCCAGGCUCCUCAGCCUCAGGCCUCCCUGCAGCGAGGUCUGUCCAACUCGGCGCGAGGCGUCCUGUCAAACUUCGCUCAGGCCUCCCAGCUGUCGGUGGCCAGCAGCCUCAUGGGAAUGACCAGCGCCAAGCACUGCGGCAGCGGCGGAGGCGGCGGCAGCAGUAGCAGCAACAGACUGCAGCACGACAGCCGUCGCCAGAUCUACAACAUCCCAGGGUUAAAUAUUGCCUAUCUGAACCCAGCGGCAGUCGGAGCCCAUAAGAGCUCCAGCUUAGCGGACCGGCAGAGAGAGUACCUGUUGGACAUGAUCCCACCUCGAUCCAUAUCGCAGUCCAUCACCGGACAGAAAUGAGCCCCGACCAGCCCUCCUGCCCCACUGAUGCCACCCUCAUCCUGCCCUCCUACCCCCACCCCCACCCCCCAUACUGAAGCACUCCCAGUUCAACCAACAUCCCCACCCCCAGCCCCAUCGCAUGCAGUGCCUGUCCGUGUGCCUACCUUAAACCAACCCAUGAAAACCCACCAAGUUGGACAAAGACACUAAACUGUCGGUGCAUCUCAAAUGUUCUUAUGAUAGUAAAAAUCUUCUUCGUCAGCGUUGUUUAACAAUUAUAAUUCCCAUUAUUAUCGCUGUUGGUAGCACUAUUAUUAUACCUUGCUUCAGUUACUCUUACUCAUUAUGCUUUUUUCUUUUGUAAGUGUUUGGUCCAUUUUUUGUUUCUCUGCUGUCGCUCCUUUACUGCAGGAGAGACGGCGAACCAUCGUAGGGUCGCCUCCGACCUCAUAGAGGAUUUCUUCUCAAUUAUAAAGCUUAGAUGUGACUAUUGCUAGUAACAGAAGAUCAACAGGGUGCAUUCUGGUUGCUAUGCAACAUAAAGUUUAAUAACUUUAGCUCGCUAACUUGAAGUAACAAGGAAGAUUCUGAUAGGAACAAAAACAAAGUUGGUAACUGCUCCGCCUGCUCUUGAAAAGAGGAUGAAGAGCCUGUUCUAAAAAUGGAGAAUGUGAGGGGGGGGGGGGUUACGGGGUGGGGGGGGCAUGAAAUCGAGAGCAAAGCACCAACACUCGUAUCAUCACGUCAAAAGGUUCGAUUCAAGAGCUGACACACAACCACGGUCCAACCUGGAGAUCAGGGCAGCGUCACAGCGAAUGAACUGAAGUGACUGACGAAGGUGCACAUGUGUACAAAGAGAAUCCCAUGUGAUCCUUCACUGGUCGCCCCCCCCCCCCCCCCCCCCCCCCCCACCCCUCAUCACCCUCCUCACUCCACAUGUUACAGAUAUGAACUGUUACCAGGUGGGUGUGUGCGGGACUUCCUGUAAUUGUACUAAUCAGGACUGACGGACGCAGCAACGUCCCAGUGUGCCGUCACUGGACCGGCAGCGGACCGGCAGCGGACCGGCAGCGGACCGGCAGUCCACGCUGACUGCAGUGACGGGCGGCGGGAGGACGGCGUCUUCACCCAGAGUUCACAGGGGUCGUGGUCUCCACUCACACAGAAGACAGUGGAUUUUCCCUCCUGGUGCCAUCCCAUCUCACUACAUGCCACUGACCCCUCCCUGCCCCCCCCCCCCACCCCACCCCACCCCCCCUCAGUACCUUUGUUUAUCCGGUAUGCACAGACUGAACCCUUUUUACCCAGCAGCUCCUCUUGGCAUCACAUGUUCUUUGAGAAAGUGAAACGAACUCUAAUCUGAAGGUUGAGGCACAUUUUGUGCGUCUGAACCUCAGAUUCUGUAGAAACCUACAAAUCUUUUCUUCUUCUAUUUGGAUUUUUAGAUUGUUUCUGAUUGUUGCCCCGCCCCCCACGUCCCAUUCUUUACUUUGGUUUGUUUAUUUGUUUUUGUUUUUUUGCGGCGUCUCCUAAUGAAUUGGUGGCGUACCUGAGAGGUAUUUGCCCCCGGAGACGAUAAUAAUCAACAUAGCUAAAAACAGAAACUAUUGAAAUACCUGUAUGGAUUAUGUAUAGAUACCUAGCUUCAGAUAAAAAAAAAAAGGAUGUGGAUUAUAUCUUUUAUGGGAGAGACAUGGAUCAAUCAUUGUGUGCAUGCUCUGCACACAAGUUCCCUCACUCCAGAGGAGCACUUUGCAUAUUUCCAAUUGGAAAACCAUUUUUUUAAAAAGAGGAAAAGAAUGUUACAGUUGGCUGAGGUCUGGAUGCCGGCGUAGGGCCGACCAGAGAGUCAGGGGGCGUGUCAUCAAGGUGUGUUUUAAUGGCUGAUGAAAAGUUCAAUCCCGCUUUACUUUGUCAGUGUUGAUCUCCACGUGUGUCCGUUUCCUCGUCGCUGGUGUCGGGUCAGAGCCGGUCCCCCGGGUCCGAGUCCUGAACCAGGAUCAGUUCCUUCUCAAAACAAUCACGUCUGUUAUUUCUAAUGUCUGGACUCAAGGUCUUUGGAUCCCAAACAAAUCCACCAUCAGAACCACUCUGGUACUGGCGCACUGAUACACAGACCCAACACAGGUCCCGGGUCCCAGUCUCAGACACGAUGCAAACCAGCGUCAUGGCGACUCGUCACAGCCACAGAAAACCCCGACAUGACAUUUCUUUUGAUUUGCACGAUUCAUCCACUGAACUGUUUGUCUGUUGAGAUGAGAUGUCCCAGAGUUCCUCCUGCGUCCUCCUGGACCGGGACGUGUCCUCCUGGACCGGGACAUGUCCUCCUGGACCGGGAUAUGUCCUCCUGGACCGGGACGUGUCCUCCUGGCCUGAAGGAGGAAACUGACUCCUGUGAUGGACCUACAGACGCUGACAGAUGAAAGGACGAACCUGAGCCAUGAGGAGAAACAGGAAGUCAGCAGCUGUGUCCCAGUUCAAAGAUGCGUCCUUCUUUUCCGUGACCCAACGUAUCCCAUGAUUCAUUGCAUGCCGGUAAUGAAAGCAGACGACACCCACAGAGAGCCUGAGGAUUACACUGUGAAAUGUUUCAGCUCAGUUCAACAGCGAACAGUCAAACUGUUAAAACCACGGACGUUGAAAAAAAGUUACGUGUUGUCAAGGUUGCUAGGCAACAGGAGUCGCAACAGCUGGUGAUGCACAGCGAAAGUCCUCCAUAGACCAGACCCUCUGAUUACGGUUCGUCCUUGGCGUUCUACGGCGGCUACGAACUGCCAUGCCUCGUAGAUCACGUCCUCCGAAAGGAUGCGGCCCCUGAACUGGGACACAGCUACCGACCCCCCCCCCACACACACACACACACACACACACACACACACACACACACACACACACACACACACACACAGGUCACAGGGGUCACUGUGAGGUUUCUGUUCCAAUAUUAGAAAUAGUCCGACAUCUGAAAGUAGCUGAAGGGUUUUAAAAGUCAGUAGGAAACCUCCUUAAGGGGGGGGGGGGGGGGGGACUGGUCUUAUAAUGUGGGUUAUUUACAAUCUGACACUGAAGUUAUUUCAUUAUUUACUUCUACUUAAAAAAAGACAUUUAUUAAACAUUUAUCUAUUAUUUUAUUCAUAUUUGCCAUCACUAAUAAACCCUCUGCAGCAACACAGUUCAUCCACAUCAGUAAAGUGACCUCUAGAACAAAGGUGGAGCUUGUUGCGGAUGGAGCUCAGAUCGUAUUAUAUUAUAUGCAAGUACCUUUUAAAGUGAAUUUAAUAAAUUAUGUAAAAAUCAAGAAAAUACGGUCAGACCUCAGAGGGUUAAUCUGUCAGCUGGAGGUUUGUUGGGACUUCAUCUGAACUGUGGCACAACAACAGCGAGGAGGAUGUGGGCCUCUCGAGUCUGAGCGUCGACACCUUUCAGUCCGUCGGUCUUCACCUGGACUGAUGGUUCAGUGUCGUAGGAUGAAGUCUGUCUGAGUCCAGUCAGGUGGUCUCACACACCUUCCGGCAGCCAUGUUGGAUUCCUCCAGUCGUUUGGGAACAUCUGCUCGCUGGCUUUCCGACCAAUCACGUCACUUCAUUCUGGACUCCAGCUGGGCUUUACUGUUCGCUAUGCUAACAUGCUAACAUCAGAUGCUAAUCAUUGUCCCCUGCUGCCUAGCUUGUCGACAUUGUCAUCGUGAGUGUGUUAGCCUCCUGCCAUUAGCAUUUAGCUUAAAGUGCUGCUGUGCCAAGUGACGCCACACACAGGAGCUAGCGUGGCUGUAGACUCUGUUGUCGAAGCUUCUCCUGCUGAAUGGAAAACAUCACAUUUAAAAAAGAAACUAUAGCACUUCAUGUGGAAGAGUGUGUGUGUGUGUGUGUGUGUGUGUGUGUGUGGUCGUAGGAGCUAGCAGCAGCAGUGUUCAUUUAGUUGUUUUGUUGAAUUAGCGCAGCAGCGAGUUAGCUAGCUAAGGCAGCUAACAGAGGUCCCGCUGGUUGCUCAUGAUCCUGAGGUUUGUUCUGAGCUGCGUCGGGGUCAGAGGUCAAAUCUGAAAACCCUCAUUCAUGAAGAGUUCAGUUGUUGCUCCAGCAGGAGAUUUGAUCACUGUGGCUGUGAUGAUGUUAAAUCGACCCUGAGCCUCGCUCUGUGUCUGGUUCUGUUUCCUGGUCUGAUGACACGCUCUGGUUGUGGGUGGAGCUGUCCACCACCUGCUCGGCGGCCGGUGGUGUGUUCUGGUUCAUCACGUUGUGUGUUUGAGGAAUCCAGACCUGGCGUCGUAGCGGCCCGAUGACAAACAGGAAGACUUCGGCCACGACUAUGAAACUACCUAGGAUUAGAUUCAGAGAUGUAAACUGGAGUUUACACUUGGAAAACAUCGUUUUUGUUUAUUAUAUAAAAAAAAACACGGAUCAGUUUUCCCUUUGGUGGAACAGUUGAAAUUGGAUGUAGAGAUAUAUUUUCAUGAAUUUUUAAUGUCUGGAGUGAAUUUUUACUUUACAAUGUUUUCAUCAUGCUUCUCCUUUUGCAGCUGGAGAAAAAAAAGCUCCUGUCUCUCUUUUGCAGAUGCAUCCUCUCACCUUUGUAUUCGGACUGCAGAUUCUUUUCAAACGUCAGUUUUUAGAUUUCAAAAGUCAUUUCUUUUACUGAUGUCUCAAUUGAGUUCUGUUUUCUUUCUAUUGCAGUUUAAAAAAAUAAACAAAUGUAUUGACUAUGAAAUAAAUGACACGAUAUUUGCUAGGUUUGAAGUAAUAAUGACUUAUUGUACAUAAGCAUUUUUUCCUCCCUUGUACUGAAAAAAGAAAUUAAAUGGUUGUAUAUUGUGUAGAAAAGCAAACAAAAAGCCAUGAAUAUUGUGAAGCUUGUCAUUUCGUUUUGUGAUCACUGUGUAUUAUUGUGUAACUAAUGUGCAAAAUGUUUGGGAUUCUUUUUUCCCUCCUCUGCUUGUUGAAGCGGUCUCCCUGGAUGCAUUCGCUUUGGUUCUGGACUCGUUGGUUUGCAGGAAGGUGCUGAUUGGUUCAGACAGGCGGCGUGUGCAGAGCUGACUGUUUCUUACAGGAUGGUUUCCUGAUAAAAAAGCACUUUGCAUGUGUCACUGAGAGAGUCCAGUUAGAUGGACCCUCCUGAUCUCGUGGUCUGAUCCGGGAUCAGUUGGCCUCUCACUAAAAGAUCCCUCUCACACGUCCUCACAUUCAGGCUGCCAUUAGUUUCCUGUGAUCCACUAAGACUAAAUCAGGUCUCCAGGGUCCUGGAGAGUCCGUAGAACACUGGAGACGGUUCUCAGCUGUUCACAGGGACUCGGGUCAUCGCUCAGAGACCUCAAAUACCUGGACAAGUACAAGCCAAACCACAGCGUCAGUGUGCUAGCAGGUGAACCAACCAUUAAAUGUCCCAAUGAAGUGAAUCAGAUCUGAUAAAGAUGUUUUCAUGAGUUGUAGUAAACAGCUCGUGGUUCAGUCUGUCGCUGAGACUCUCGCUCUCUCAUGAGGAAACACUAUUGGAGAAAAAAAUACAUUUUCUUGGCUCUAAAUUUUCCCGCCAUGUGUCAGUGUGUGUGUGUGUGUGUGCGUGCGUGUGUGCGUGCGUGCGCGCGCGUCAGUGAACCCUGUUUCCGCUUGACCCUGAACCAGUGAUCACUCUUCCUGCUGACACCGACAGACAACACGUACGGUCCUCUACUGUUUGGCUUUAUCUUCUAUUAGUUGUUGCUAACGCAGGGAAACAUUUAAUUGCAAAAGCAGUUUUAUGAGUUUUUGAUUUACCUGUAGAAGCGUUUCUUUUUGCAUAAUGUUGACAAUGUUGAAAUAAACACCUGGGAAGCAGAAACAAGAUGAAAUCGACCGGAGAUUAAUUGAAGUCUUUUUUGUUUUGCUUACAUCAAUCCUGACCUUUUGCACAUACUUGAUAUUUAACGGUCUUCAAAAAAGUAAAAGAAAAUAAUGCUGUUUGAAUACUGCCAGUUGAUUGACAAUUAUGCAUUGAUUGAAAAAAUAAGCUAAUUUUGGAGGAAAUAACUUUGUAAUAUUUAUCUCUUGCAAGCUAUGUUUAAUAAAGGUUGAAACAAU